AUGUUUCAUCUGCACAAGGGCAAGCACAAGCACAAGCACACAGAGCCCGCAAGCCACGUCAGGGCCCCUUUCAAGCCGGCGGGCGGCGACGGGCUGGCGGACGCCGCCCGUGGUGCGCAUGACCAGAACGCCCCAGCACCGCGCGCUGGCGCGUCGCACCCCUCAGCCGGGCAGCACCCGACGGUGCACGCCGUCGCCGCGGCGCCUUCAGACCUCACUCUGGAUGGCGACGAGAGCGCACAGACAACCGGGACGGCGCGCGAGGGCGACCAGCACACCGCCCUCGCGCCCGACACGCCGCUGCCAACAACACCCCUUCCCGCCGACAAGGGGCGCACAGCCCUGACGCGCGACGCGGUGCCGGCCGCCCGCACAACUGGCGACAAGGCAGUAGAGAGGGCGGCCCCGACCCUGGACAUGGGGCUGUUUCUGGAUGAAGAGGCGCUGCUGGCCGCGUCGACGUUCCCGAUUCGCCCGGCUGAGCUGGUGGAGGUGGCCAAGGGGAUCCUGGCCAAGGGGGUGCACAAGUGCCAGGACCAGCUGGCCGAGGACUUUGCCUUCUCUGCGCCCUUCAUCGGGCCCCUGGACAAGCAGGGUUUUGCGUCCACUAUGGAGUACCUGGACCUGGAGUCAGCUUUCCCUGACAUGCAGGCUCGCAUCUACCACGUCAGAGUGGACCCCCUGGAGCCCCACCGCGUUUGGCUGACCAACCGCCCAGUCGGCCGCCAUCUGGGCUACCUGCGCGCGCGAGCGCCGGCCCCGCUCCCGCCCACCGGCAAGCUGGUGGAGCUGCCUCCGCAGACCAGCAGCCUCACGUUUGAUGAGCAGGGGAAGGUGACGUCAUUCACCAUGGGCUACGUCAUGGAUCGCCGGGUUGGGAAUAGCGGCGGCCUGGGGGGUGCGUUCGGCCUGCUGUGGGCCGUAGGCGCCGCUUUCCCAUACCCAGAGGGCCGGCCGUGGGAAGCCAGCUGGCAGCAGCGGCUCUUCAACGCCAGCAGCCCUUGGGCCAAGGCAGCCGCGUUCCUCAUCGACCGCCUGUCCAGCGCGCUGCUGCCCUCUUGGUUCACCGUCAGCCAUUCGCGCAACACCGGCUGA